AUGAACGCCUCAGUUAUAUUUGAUGGUGAAAAGUCGGCGCCUUUUUGUGUAAACCGUGGAGUCAGACAAGGCUGUGUGCUAGCACCUACACUGUUUAAUAUAUUCUUCUCUGCUCUGCUUCUGACUGCUUUUGAAGGGUGCGACGUCGGAGUACACCUGCAUACUAGAAAGGAUGGAAAACUGUACAAUAUUAGUCUUCUCAAGUCGAAAAACAAGCGUCUAGACUUGAUUGCUAGAGAACUUCUGUAUGCGGAUGAUGCUGCACUAGUUGCAAACUCUGAAAAUGAACUUCAGGAGUUAGUGACGCGAUUUGGUCGAGCCUGUCGACUGUUCUCAAUGAGCAUAAACACCAGGAAAACUGUCAUCAUGGUGCAAGGCGUAAACCAGUCUCCGGAAAUCAUGCUCGACGGUGCUGUACUCGAUGUCGUCGACCAUUUCUGCUAUCUUGGUUCUACCACCACCCAGUCACAAUCUCUAGACAAGGAAAUAGAUACUCGGAUAGGCAGAGCAUCAACUGUUUUUGGGAGGCUUUUCGCGCGCGUAUGGAGAAACCGUAUGCUCACUACAUAUACCAAAGUCCUUGUAUACCAGACCUGCGUCCUAAGUAUAUUGCUGUACGCAUCAGAAACAUGGACAACAUACGCGAAACAAGAACGCAAACUCAACGCUUUCCAUAUGCGCUGCCUGAGGACUAUACUUGGAGUUACUUGGCAAGACAAAGUUAGUAACGAGGUAGUACUCUCAGGAACACAUUGCUGCAGCUUAACUGCAAUGUUAAAGCAGAGAAGACUUCGCUGGCUCGGUCACGUUCAUCGCAUGGACCCUGAGAGAUUACCACGCCAAGUAAUGCUGGGUCAGAUAGCGGACGUAAAAAGACCUGUUGGGCGUCCAACUCUACGUUUUAAGGACUCCUGCAAGCGGGACAUGGACAGUUUUGCCAUUCGGACCGACGGUUGGGAGAAACGCGCCGAAAUGAGACCGGAAUGGCGUCGCGACAUUAAAGUCGGAAUAUCAAAGCACGACGAUGACUGGCUGGAGCACCUUAAGCAGAAAAGUCUUCGUCGUGCUCUACCACCUCCUGCGAACUCACGAUUUGUAUGCGAUCGAUGUGGAAAGAAAUGUCGCGCUGCUAUAGGACUUUAUAGCCACCAACGGCGAUGCCCAGCCACUUAA